AUGGACUAUCAAGUAGGCCUCAUGGAUACAGAUAUAUGCGGGCCAAGCAUCCCUAAAAUGUUAGGCCUUGAAGCGCAUGACAUUCACCAGAGCAACUUUGGAUGGUCUCCUGCUUAUGUCGAUGAAAACCUCGCUGCCAUGUCCAUAGGUCUCAUUGUCUCCCUCGAAGAAUCUGAUGAGCCUACCAUCUGGAGAGGUCCACGCAAGAACGGUCUCAUCAAACAGUUUUUAAAAGACGUUUACUGGGGAGAGCUCGAUUUCCUUGUCGUUGUUACCCCACCAGGAACCUCUGACGAAAACAUCACCACCAUCCAGAGCCUUGUACAUACGGGGAUCGACGGUGCUAUCAUUGUCACCACCCCUCAGGAAGUCUCCAUGAUUGAUGUCAGAAAAGGAGUCAACUUUCUUGCAAAAGUUGACCCGCGUUGA